AUGGGGUGCAUCAACAGUAAGACGUCAGAGGCUAAGAAACGAUCGAAACGGAUCGAUCGGCAGGUUUGUCUCCUUCUUUUUCUGUAAUUCAAAGCGAAAGAACAUUUGCAGCUGCGUCUCGAGCUGGAUCGAAACUCUGCAGAAGUGAAACUCCUCCUUCUCGGCGCCGGCGAGUCCGGCAAGUCGACAAUAGUCCGUCAGAUGCGUAUCCUGCACGAGAUGGGCUUCAGCAAGCACGAACGGGCGGCCUACCGUCCUGUCGUCUUCAACAACAUGGUCCAGUCGAUGAUGGCGAUUCUGAAGGCGAUGCGAACGCUCGGCAUCCGAUUCGAAGACGCCGCCCGUCAGGAGGACGCGCGUCUCUUUCUCUCCUAUCAGUUCCAGACCGACGAGCUGCCCGAAGAGAUGGGUGUGAUCAUGAAGUCGCUCUGGUCGGACGAGGGCCUCCAGAACUGCGUCGGCAGAUCCCGCGAGUAUCAGCUCAACGACUCGGCGUCUUAUUACCUGAACGCCCUGGAUCGCAUCGCCCUUCCUAAUUAUUUGCCGACGCAGGACGAUAUUCUCCGCGCGCGCGUCAAGUCAACCGGGAUUGUCGAGACCGAUUUCAUGUACAAGGAUCUCUAUUUCAAGUGAGUUCCUAAAAAUAUUAUACACACUAACUGAAAAGUUCUGUUACAGAAUGUUCGACGUCGGAGGGCAGCGUUCGGAGCGCAAAAAAUGGAUUCACUGCUUCGAAGGCGUCACGGCAGUCAUCUUCUGCGUGGCGCUCAGCGAGUACGAUUUGAAACUGGCAGAGGAUGCGUCUAUGGUUAGAAUUCCUAUAGAAUUUUCUCGAUAAGUUAAUAAUAUCAACUUCAGAACCGAAUGCACGAGUCAAUGCAGCUGUUCGACUCGAUCGUCAACAAUCGCUGGUUCACCCAGACCUCCAUAAUCCUGUUCCUCAACAAAAUGGACCUUUUCCAAGAGAAACUGCGCCACGUGCCUCUUUCCACCUGCUUUCCGGAGUACCAGGGAAACGACACGGUGUCGGAGGCGUCCACGUACAUCCGCGGACAGUUCGAACGUCUGAAUCGCCGUCAAUCACAGCCGCACAAAGAGGUGUACAGCCAUUUCACGUGCGCCACCGACACGAACAACAUCCGAUUCGUGUUCGACGCCGUCACCGACAUCAUCAUUCGCGAUAAUCUCAAGGAGUGUGGGCUUUACUAA